AAGCACAAAUCCCAGCUGCACCAUCCAGGGUCUUGAUUGUGGAACACUUUACAAUUUCUCUGUCCAGGCCUCAGAUGGGACAUGCAACAGCUCCUUUAGUGACCUAGUGCAGUAUGGAGCAGUUCCCUGUCCCCCAGACAGUGUUGAGGUGCAGCUUUUUACGAUGCAAAAUGAAACCCAGAAGUUACGCUUCAACUGGACGCAGAUCACCUGUGGACAGACUGAGUAUUUGCUGGAGUUAAACGGAAGUCUGCUGGGAGAUAGCCAGGCCCUGUUUGAGAUAUCUUCCUAUUGGACUAGCAUGACGUACUUUGAGAUUCCACUCCCCUGCGGUUCAUCCUACUCGGCAAUAGUGGAGAGCAGGAACACUGGUGGUACGAGCCAGCCCUCUGUGCCUCUCAGUGGUGCAACAGCUCCAUGUCGACCAACAGCAGUGAAGUACAGUGGUAACAGCUCCUUUGCCACAGUUUCAUGGAACGCUUCAGUGUUUGCCACCACAUACACGGUGUACGACAACAGUGUGACGCCAAGAUCGCAGCUGUGCAGCACUGCAAUACUGUCCUGUUCUCUGCACAAUAUCACUUCCACUGACCUGGUGAUAACAGCCAGCAACACAGCUGGGGAAAGUGAAGAGACAAGUGUCCCAAUCGCAGUUACUCUAGGACGCAGAAGAAGAGAUCUAAGUGGACAAACUCCAGAAAACGGAGGCCUCCCAGCUCCAGUACUAAAUGUCAACCAAGCACUGGCUACAGUUAUUUUCCUGGAGUGGUCUCCAGUUGAAGCUGCUUCCCAGUACAGCCUGGUUAUCAUGAAGCAGGACAGCUCCAGUGAGUCUGAGGAGAUAACGGUGCAAGGCGAGAGCAUCAUUGUCACUGAUCUGAUUCCAAACUCGGCCUACUGUUUCUCUGUGUCGGCCGGGUACACUGCAACUAGUGGACCAAAGUCUGAGCCUGUGUGUGUGCAAACAGCACAGGAGCUGUCCCAAUAGGAAAACACUUGGGUAGACACAGCCAGGGGUCUGCAAACGUCUCAGGACCGAAAUGUGGGGAUUAUUGUCAAGGUGGCAGCGUUUACCAUUUACCCAUAAUACCAAUACCUUUAGGUCUGGUACCUUGUUAAUAUUUCCUGUCAUAAUGUGUUUUGAUAUAACAUAAGAAUGGGUUAGUCGACAUUUACACUUAUGAGGUAUAACUCAUGUCUUCCAAAUAAGAGCUCAUGACCAAAGCAUUUGUAAGUUAAUCUUUUCUAUUCUGUUUACAACAUGUAUUAUCAUUUGCCUACUAUUGGUUGAGGUUAUAUAUUUUACAUAAGAGGCUUUGUUCCUCUUUUAUACAUUUUCAUCGCUUUUGUAAAUUAUGUCAUAGUCAUAGAGUUAAUAUAUCAGUGUUUACC